AUGGGUUCGGGUUCAACAUCAAUUGAAAAUUCGAUGAGCACUGAUUUUCCAGUUGAGGCAGGAUAUGAUUCGAAUGUUGAUGGCGAUAAUGAAGAUCAAAAAGACGAAAAUUUGAAUGGAGAUGACCAGGAUAAAGAUUUUCACGAAAGUUGUGAAGUGGGGCCGUUGAACAUUUAUGAUCCUGGAAAUCGGGCUAAGGUUGAUCAUAAUCUGAGAAAUAUUUUGGUGGAAAGAGGACCGAUAAGAAUAACAGAUAACGAUGUCAGUUUUCCUAAAGAUGAGAGUGAUAGACAUUUCUCUUGUACGCUUUAUGUUCGAGAUCUUUCGAGUGGGGAGAAAGAAGAUAGAAAAUGGUUAGUAUAUUCACUUGUUGAAGACAAAGUAUUUUGCUUUUGUUGUAAAUUGUUCAAACAUGAUAAAACCACUUCUCAUCUAACUGCUGGUGGACAUAAAGAUUGGAGGAAUAUUAGCAAGAGACUUAAAUGGAUUGAUCUGCAGAUGAGGUUGAGAAAGCACGAGACAAUAGAUAAGAGUUUACAAGAGCAAAUCAAUAAAGAGAGGGAACAUUGGCGACAGGUAUUACUGAGGAUAAUUGCUCUUGUAAAAACUCUUGCUAAUAAUAAUUUAGCAUUUCGUGGAGAUAAUGAGAAAAUUGAUCUAUCGCACAAUGGCAACUUCUUAAGCUUUAUCCAGAUGAUUGCAGAGUUUGAUCCAGUUAUGCAAGAUCGCCUUCGGCGAUUAAGGAUAAAUCAAUUCACCAUCAUUAUCUUAGUCACAAAAUCCUGA